AUGGUGAACGAUUCCUUUAGUUCUUUUCGUGCUACGCAUGCCGGGCUUCUUUAUCCAUGGGAAACUGGUACUCUUGCAUGUAUUUUCAGCGAUGACAAUGUUGUGCCUGCUCUGGAGUGUCCACCUUUGAUUCAUUCUGCAGCGGAAGAACCCUCUGCUAGCGUUGGUGAGAGUCAGGGCCUUACUAGUUCAAAUCAGUUGGAUGUGGACUGCAAAUUCACCUUGGCUGUCAAAAACCUUCCUGAUCUUGAUUAUUUCCAGCAGAAGUCGCAAUCUCUGGAGUUGGCCUGCGGUCGAUGGAUGGAGUUGCUGUCGCUUUCUUGGGAUGCAUCAAGUGUUGGAGUUCAGUUAGCAUUAGAUUUGCAGACUGAUGCGCAUGGCAACUUAGCGUUGGAGUCAUUGCGUGCUUGCUUUGGCACCAAAUCACCAUCAACGCUCCUGAAGAGGGCAGGCACUUUCCGACAGUUUGUGAAGUGGUUCAAAACAACUGAACACUAUGAUGAUGGAUGUGGAUGUGCUUUUCCUUUGAUGGAGAAGGUGGUAUGGGAUUAUUUCCUAUGGCUUAGACGCGAGAGAGCAAUGUCAUCCAAGGGUUAUACGUCACCAUCCACAUUUCUUGAGACUGUGAGAUUUGCCAAGUUCACAGUAGGAUUAAAGGGUGCUGAUGAAAUCCUUCAGUCACGUCGGCUUUUAGGCUUUGCGGCCAUUGAGAAGGGCUUGAAAGGCCCUACACGACAAGCGCCUGGCUUAGAGCUAAGUCACCUUCAGCGGCUUCACAGUGUACUCAAGUCUGGCGAUAGCUUGGUUGACCGCUUGGGUGCAGCAGUUUUUCUGAUUUGCAUCUAUGGCCGUGCGCGUUGGUCAGACCUCAGAUUUGUGGAGUCGUUGAAUUUUGACCGCCACAGAAAUGGGUCACUUACCAUUUACACGAAGGAGCACAAAACCUCAAAUGUGGGCACAAGGCGUGAGCAGUUCCUUCCCAUCAUUGUGCCGUGGGAAGGGGUGACAAAUGAUUGGUGGUUGGACACCUAUGUUGAUGUGUGCGAGCAAUUAGGUUUUGACCUCAAACGGAAACCCUUUGGACCACUGAUGCCAGCUCCAAAACUGGGAGGCGGCUUUUGUGCUAGGCCCCUCACCACCAAUGAAGCUGCUGUGUGGCUAAGGAGUCUUCUUGCAGGUACACCACAAUCGGAGUCAUUCCGAUCCCAUUCCUUGAAGGCCACAUUACUUGGCUGGGCAGCCCGAGCAGGCCUAGACAAAGAGACCAGGGCGGUGCUAGGGCACCACUGCACAGCCCUAGCAGGGUCUGAGGUGGUCUACAGUCGGGACCUUCAGAUUAGAUCAAUCCGAAAGCUUUCAAUGAUGCUUCGCAGAGUCAGAGUGGGUCUUGAUUUGGAGGAGGACACCAUGAAGCAGUUUGGCCUUGCAGGGACACCAGCCAUGAUGACACCAGCAUUUUGCCCUACUACGCCUGUGCCACCUAGGCCUACCUUACCUCAGGAGACAGCGCAAGAGUCUACUGAGGAGUGCCCUGUGGGUGAUACAAACCACGGGGCAGUGGAAGGUGCGUUGGAAACCAUGCGAGGACUUGAGGACUUGCAGAGUUUGAAAGAGGAAUGCGUCGAUUUUGACGAUGUCGAAAUGAAUGCAGACCAGUUGAGCCUUUUUCCUCAAAGUCUUGUGGUGACAGGUGCAAUCGCAAUUGAGUCGUCCUCAGGUAGCAGCAGUUCGAGUUCAGAAUACUCGAGCUCAGAUGAGAGCAUCUCGGAUGCGAGGCUGAAGGGUGAUGUGCAUUUCACUGAGCGUGAUGCAAACGUUGAUGCAUUCAUCCAAGCAGCAACCCACCGCGCUUCCACAUUGAAUGAGGUGGCAAAUCUGAAACGCAUAGCUUUCGAGGCACAAACCUUCUUGGUGGCAACGCUUCGACAAAGUGUGGACCGCAAUGAGGACGUCCCCAAGAAGAUUGCACACGCAGAACGAACUUCCAGAAUGGAUCUACUCAAGCGGACUUUGGUGGGUGUUAACAUCCAAGGGGAACUGGAACCUGCUCAUUGCGUGCUGGACAAGUUCAGCCACAUGUUUGAGUUGAACUCGGUAAAAUACUAUGAGCCUGCCAGUUGCAUCAGCCGCUCAUUUGAAAUUGCAGGGGGCUCGAAAAACAAGGAGUUGACGCUCGAAAAGGGCGCCCUAGUUGUCAAGUCCUCUGAAGAUAAGCUGACCUCCGUCACCGACACGGAAAUAAAGUUACACUAUGCCCUUGUGAGAAGAGCUCUCGCCCUGCAGUUUGCACAACUGAUGAGUUAUGAUCAACAUUGUGCUUGGGAAACUUUUCUUUUUGAGAGUCUUCACCGAGAGCCACCACCUGGCUAUCACAAGCCAGGCCUGACACAGUUGAUACAGUGCGACCGAGCAGCAUGGCAGCGUCUUGGAACAACGCUCACUGACAUCAGACAACAAGCAAAUGGCACGUAUCCUCUUGGUGAGGCUCUGUUGCGGUUGAUGCAUGCCCUCAAUAUCCCAUGUGAUGGUAAACACCAGCACCUUCCAUGGGGCUUUGCACUGAACGAUGAAGGCAACCAAGUUUGGGCGACUUCACUGGAGAGUCAAUAUCCUAGGUACUCAACCAAAGCCAUCCAGAGUGCCUCCAAUUGCGCCCCUGUUGUGGUACCCAAGUUUGCACGUUUUUUACGCUUGACUGCGCGGCCCUCACCUGUUUUGGGGGAGGACCAAGGGGUUAAGGGCCGCCCAUGCAAGAGGAUCAAAAGCGAUGCCAAUAGCAAAGACGGUGAACAGCCAACGCAACUGCAAGACGUUGGCCCACCGGACCCUCUGACUGACCCUCUGAGUCAAUUUGGUUAUGAGGUAGCAUUUGGGCUCCCAUGGGACUAUGAAGGCUUCAUUCAAAAGGCAUGCGAGACUGGCCAUCCUGCAGCCAAGUACUCGUCAGUACCCUGGGAGCUGAGCAAAGCGAUUGAGCAGCAGUCUUUGUGGUCAGCAGAACAGCUAGCAAACUACAGGAUAGCGUGGUGCAGGAAAUGGUUGAAACGUUGCAAGGAGCUCGCAGCCGAUGAAGAAGUGGACAGGUGGGACCUCUUUGAUCGUUUGGCGAAAUUUGCCCACCCACCCACCCUGGUUUGGAGCGUUAUCACUUUCUUCAAGAGGUUCACAUUGGAACCAGUUAUGGCUACAAGACCAAAUGCGUUGCAACCAGAGGCACAAGCCACAUUCCGCGGUCAAUUCGACGGGAUCAACAUGUACCAGUUCCAGGAAAGCUCUGCCGAGGCCAUCGGGGACCCACACAUCAAGACGUUGGACGGCAAUGAUUUGGGAGCCUUGAUUCAGGCAGCCACUGAAGCUGCAAAUGCUGCAGCUGAAGCCACAAAGGCCUUGAAGAUGAGUGAGAAUUCAACUUACAGCCAAAUCAGAGACCUGGUGCUUAGCUAUGAGACCGUUACAACAACAUGGAGCCCUGGAAAGAUCCACAAUGAGCUUGGCAUUUUGCCACAACAACAUCCUGUUCAGCCUUCCUACACUGGCGUUGCUCCAAUGGAGAUAGAUCGGUUUGAGAAAGGAGGCAAGAAGGGAAAGUCAAAAGGUAAGUCCAAAGGAAAAGAUACCUCCAAAGGGAAGUCCAAAGGGAAGUCCAAAGGUAAGAACGAUAAGGGUAAAGGAAAAGGUACUGGCAAAGAUACCUCAAAACGUGUUGCAACCCAGAAUGAUCAAUGUUUGCAUUGCGGCAAGUAUGGUCACUUUAAAAGGGACUGUUGGAAGUUGAAUGGAAAACCUGGUGCUUCUAGAGUGAACCAAGUCUCAGACGAGACCCAGAGCGUUGCUGGCAGUGCUGCGCCUUCGACAGCUUCGACCUCUUUGCCUUCAAGUGCUAGCGCUGUGCGUCUCUUUAGCGCUAUGGCCUCACCUGUGAUCGAAGAGCUUUGCAGUGAAGAUUCUGACUUUGAAUUGCGCGACCUCACUGUUUAUGAGUGGAUUGCAGUGAAGAGUUCCGACUCUGAACUCAUCUCCCUGGAUGCGGCCGGAAAUGAUGUAACGACUUUCAACUUGGUCACGACAAACGGUGCCAAGUUUCACAAUCAGGUGCACAUGAACAUGAAGACAAAAGUCGGCAAGACAGACAUCGCCGUGCUGAGGUUGAGCUGCAGACCGAAUCAAAACCUCAACCUUCAUCUCACCAUGGAACGCAGGAGCGAUGUGAAACAGGUCGAGGGGGAGGUCAAGAUGGCUCGCAAGGCAUUGUCUACCUUGCAAACAUCAACAUCCACAGACUCGGAAUUCAAGGCGGCAAAGAAGUGGCAGGACCUCGGAGGCAGUGAUGAAGCAGCUGCCUACCUCCACAGCGUGGAUGAGUUGUCCGACAUGAGCAAGCUCCAGGAGUGCAACAGCCAAGAGGAGAAGGAGUUUGAAAAGACCUGCUCCAAACAUUUGAGGGCAAUGAGUUCCCAUGCAAUCGCCGAUGCCACCUUCACGGAUUUCUUGUCGGAUUGCAUCUAUGACAUGUGCAGAGGAGCUGGCGAGACAGCUGCAGAACUUGCCGCUGAGCUGCUUGCCUCGACUGCCAGCUGUCCUGUGAGGUGUCCUCGACACGUGUCCUAUGUUGGGAAUAAACCGGACACCUUUCAGAUCUACCAACAGAACGGCAAGGUCUGCGCCCGGCGCACCGACUACGAGGGCGAUUGGAGCGUUCAUCUCAAGGCUUUUGCAGCGAAGCAGAAGAAAGAUGGCUGUCAUGGCUGCUUUGCUGUGGGCUUCAGUCGCAUUUUGACCAGCUUUGCUGACAGCCGAGCACAGAUUUGA